CCUGGUUUAAAAGGGCUGAAGAAGAAGAUGGAGGAGGAGAUAUGACAGUAAGCUAAUUUGGUAAACAGACAGCUAGCUGGCCCUUAAAAGCUUGGCGUUAAAUAAUGUACCAGUCAAGAUGGGGCAGACCCUGUGUAUUUGCUCCCGUGGCUCCAUCACCAUUGAUAACAAAAAAUAUUACUUUGUUCAGAAACUAGACGAAGGGGGGUUCAGUUAUGUUGACCUGGUAGAGGGGGCAAAGGACGGGCGCUUCUAUGCCCUGAAGAAGAUCCUGUGCCAUGACCGUGAAGGCCGCCAGGAGGCGCAGACAGAGAUGGAGAUGCAUCAGAUUUUUAAUCACCCCAACAUUUUAAGCAUAGUUGCGCACACCUUUGUUGACCGUGGAGGCAAGACUGAAGCCUGGUUACUGCUGCCCUAUAUUGGAAAAGGCAGCCUGUGGUCUGUUUUGGAGAAGUUACGUGACAAGAGGAGCUUAAUGUCUGAAAAACAGAUUUUGCAAAUCUUCCGUGGCAUCUGCUCUGGACUCAAGGCCAUGCAUGAAAAAGGCUAUGCACACAGAGACCUGAAGCCGACAAAUGUGCUUCUGGAUGAGGACGAUAGGCCGCUUCUGAUGGACCUGGGCUCCAUGAACCGUGCUAGGAUUGAGGUUCGAGGAACCAGAGAAGCCAUGACCAUACAGGACUGGGCAGCGCAGCGGUGCACCAUCUCCUACAGGGCUCCUGAACUCUUCAAUGUAGAGAGCCACUGCAUUAUAGAUGAGCGAACUGAUAUCUGGUCACUGGGCUGUGUGCUUUACUGCAUGAUGAUGUUGGAGGGGCCGUAUGACAUGGUAUUUCAGAAGGGGGACAGCGUGGCCCUGGCUGUCCAGAAUCCAGUGACCAUCCCAGAGUCGUGCAGUUACUCGGGGAGCCUAAAGAUGCUGCUGAGCUCCAUAAUGAUGUCCAAUCCGCAGGAGAGACCAAACAUCCACUGGGUUCUGGACCAGGUACAGGAUCUGCAGAGCUGCAGCCCCAACACGCAAACCAACAUGGUGUGAACAUGCAUGGUGAACUGGACGUGGGUGUCAUGGAAACCUUUGCACACACACAAAUGAACGUAUUUUAUUUUUAGCUUGAAGAUCUUUUCUUUUUAUUUAUUGACUUGAGUAUAAAAGUUAAGGUGCUGACUUUCACUCAGCAUGGGGAGCUUGGCAACAGUUUUAGCGUUCAGUUUGAAUCCUAAGAUCCAGCCUGCCUCUCACAGGCGGCUCCUGUAGUGAUAGACCUGAUCUGAAGAAUCUGAAGGGACUUACAUGUGUUUUCAAGCUGCAAUAUAAUGCUCUUGGCAAGGUAGAAAGGUUGCUUCUAAUUUAAAGCAGCUUUUCCGUAUAAUUUUAAAGGGAUAGUUCGACAUUGUGCAAAAAUUGCUCUUCCGAGAUUUGCAUGAUCGGAUAGAAACCGCUCUCAUAUCUGUCCGCUAAAUUUAAAUCUGGAGCCAGUCUGUUAGCUUAGCUUUGCAUAAAGACUGGAAAGAGGGGGGGACAGCUAGCCUGAUGCUGUCUAAAAGUUACAAAUCUGCGGACAAGAACUUUACAAACUCUUCAUGUAAUAUAGUGUUUGUUUAAUCUGUACAAAAACAAAGUGAAAAUAAUAAUAAUAAUAACAACAACAACAAUAAAGGGGUUGUUGUAUACUUACCACAGGACAUAGCGUGGUGAGCUUUAGAUGUGCUGGUAUGCCAGAUUUCGAUAACUUUAGAUUAAUCGAGGAUAGCUGUUACCAUCUGUUUUCAGUGUCUAUGCUAAAUUUAGCCUAUCCAAUUACGCUAAUUUCUAAAUAUUAUUUAAAAAAGUUUGUGUCUUAAGUUUGUGUAUUUAAUAGGAAAAAGGGAUGACAUUAAAGCUUUGCCAAACUGUCCGGUGGAUGGGUUUUUAUGUAUCUUGAUUUCAUUCCCUACCGAGAAGGAAACCUUCCACUUCCUUUUAUUUUUGUAAUCUUAAUUCCUGAGUGUUUAUUGUGUGUAAAAUCUUGUUACGCUUGUGUGCUGUAGUCACAAAUAUACUACUUGGCCUUCAGCUUUUCUCCUCACUUUCACUCGUACUGUUUGUUUGUAAUGAGGGAAAGGUUAGAGGCAGAAUGCUCCUCACCUGCAAUGCUGCAUUUAAACACACAGUGGUGCUCCUCCAUCACGGCUCCACAUGUUGACAUGAAGAUGUUUCUGUCUGUACAGCUGAUGAUGUGUGAAGAGGCUCUUUUGUAAAACUCAACAAAGAGUGUCUGCGUACGGGUCAGGUGUUACUGUGACUGUACUUUCACGAUAGAGAAUGAACUUUUAAUCACUUUAAGGAAUUUCAUUUUUUUUUGUAUUGGUCAUAUCCACCAUUGCAGUUUAACCUUCACUUUUCACUGUAUUGUUUUAAAAAAAAAAGAAGUGUUUUCAUUUCUGCUCUACUUGUGGUGAAUUCUGAUUUUCCUGUCAUGUGUGAAUGAGGUCUCACUAUUUUGUUCUCUCAGGGUUUACCCAUAUUAUUAAAGGUCUGAAGUAGUCAA